UAGCUCAGCCUACAACAAAGAUAAGUGAGCCUGGGAGGAGGGCCCCCUGAGGGGUCUUUAGAUUCUGGGAAACGUCUGAUUGGCAGAUGUUAAAAGGGAUUCUUUGGUAAUCCUGUGCAUCAAUGGGCUGCACAAAUUCAGUCCAGGACUGCAGGAACUCAGGCAAGAGGACGCUGUGCAGCGGGCUCCCACAGACAGAUCCGAGAUGGACAGAACCUUGGAAGCCCUGAGACACAUCAUUGCCCAAGUGCUGCCUCAAAGAGACCCCGCUUUGGUAUUCAAAGACUUGAAUGUCGUAUCAAUGCUACAAGAGUUCUGGGAAAGCAAACAGCAGCAGAGAGCUGCUUUCCCAAGUGAAGGCUUGGUGGUCUACGAGUCCCUACCAUCCCCGGGACCUCCCUUUGUGAGUUAUGUCACCCUCCCAGGAGGAAGCUGUUUUGGCAACUUUCAGUGCUGCUUAAGUCGAGCGGAGGCCCGCCGGGAUGCUGCAAAAGUGGCACUCAUCAACUCCCUCUUCAAUGAGCUGCCCUCUCGCAGAAUCACCAAGGAAUUCAUCAUGGAGAGUGUGCAUGAAGCCGUUGCCUCCACCAGCGGUAGUCUAGAUGAUGCCGACGACCCAAGUACCAGCAUUGGAGCCUACCACUACAUGUUGGAGUCCAACAUGGGGAAGACCAUGCUGGAGUUUCAGGAGCUGAUGACCGUCUUCCAGCUCUUGCACUGGAAUGGAAGCCUCAAGGCGCUGCGUGAAACUAGGUGCUCCCGACAGGAAGUCAUUUCCUACUACUCCCAGUACUCGCUGGACGAGAAGAUGCGGAGCCACAUGGCCCUGGACUGGAUCAUGAGGGAGCGCGAGGCCCCGGGCACACUCUCUGAGGAGCUGCGGACGGCCCUGCGGGAGCUGGAGCAGGCCAGGAAGGCCGGGCAGGAACUCCGGUUUUACAAAGAGAAGAAAGAGAUCCUGAGCUUAGCCCUGAUGCAGAUCUACAGCGAGCCCGACGCUUCCUCCCCGAGUGACGAUCAGCUGAGCCUCACGGCCCUGUGUGGCUACCCCUAGGGGGCUGUCCCAGCUGGCACCCAGACACACUCGGGGACAUACAGACAGACACACAGACUCACAGACAGAGACAUACAGAUACACACGGGGACACACAGACACAUGGGGACACAGAGACGAACACGGAUACAUACGAGGACACACAUACAGAGACACACGAGGGCAUAGAGACACAAACAUAGGUGGACAUGUACAGAUACACAUGGGCAAACACAACCACAAACACACAGACACGUAGCGACAUAGGCACACAGUUGCACAGAGAGACACACAGACAUACACACAUAGUCACACAGAGACACACAGACAUAAAAGGGGACACACACAGAUACACAUGAACCCAGACACACACACACAGUCACAUGAAGAAAUACACAGACACAUGGACAUGCACAGACACACACGGACACACGGGACUACAGACAAACACAGUCACACAGAGAGACAAACAGACAUACACAAACACAGAGAUAAUUCAUACACACAGACACAUAUGGAGACACACCGGACACACACAGACACAUUCACACAUAGACAGGCACACAAAUACACACAGACACACACAGAUGCACACACAGUCACAGACAGAAACACACACACACACACACACACACACACACACACACACACACACACUAAUCCCAGGGGUGGUAGAAGCCAGAAUGACAUCUGAAAUCUCUGAAGGAAGUCAGUUGCUAGGGCCUUUGCCCCAAAGACUGGCUGAACCUGCCACCCUCUCUCCCCACCCCUGUAGCUGUCACUUUUACUACUUAUAGAAUCUGAAGACAGUGAGUGCCUUUAUAGUACCCGGCCCUCAUCCAAUAUACCACUGACUGGGAGAGUGGAGACAGGGUGGUUUGAAAACCAUUUUCCAGACCUGGGUCCAACCUGAAGCCAGUUUGGCAUGGGCCUCAUUAGAUUGAGCAUGUGGUUUCUGAAAGAAUAUGGUAGCAUAGCAACCCUUUAAAAAAUGCCAGCCAGGACCGGGGCAUUUAUAUUCCAGUUUUAUAGCAGCUUUUUAUUUUUUAAAUUCUAGGGUUAAAUAAAUAAUAUGGGUUAUUUUUAAAGCUAUCCAAAGUUUAGGGUUUCUUCAUAAAGUUUAUAUACCAAUAGAUAGAUUACAGUUUAAUUGGUAUAGCCUAAAAUGACAGCAGGAAUUUUUUUGUGGAUGCCCCUUAUCAAAAGCCUUAAUUGCUAAUAGUAUAAAAAUGCAAAUACAUUUCAUGUGACUUAAAACACCACUGCAAGACUUUUUUUAAUGCCCUCUUUCACAUGGUAAUAAAUGUUACCUAGAAUAGUGACCAGAGAGAUAGGAUAGCACAGAAGACACUUGCUUGGCAUGCGGCCAACUCAGAUUCUGUCCCUGGCACCACAUAUGGCCCCUGCCAAGAGUGAUCCUUGAGCACAGAGCCAGGAGUAAGCCCUGAGCACUUCCAGGUGCAGCAAAAACAGAACCCAGAAUGUGCCCUUUAAUAAUUCUUCAAGGAUGAAUAUCUAAUUUUUAUGAGUACUGCACAUCAAUUGAUUUAGUUUUUAUUUCUUCCACCUUAGACAUUAUCCACAAUGGAGAAAGUUACUAGUUUAUUUCAAACAAUUUUGUGCGUGUAACAGUGCUUGUAUUUGGUUUCUCAUGCAUUCAUGAGAAGUGAUCUUUAGCUAUCUUUAUUAUUAUUCAAGUCCAUGUGCAACCAAUAGCUCAUGUUAUGCUAUGAAGUACUUGAAUCUUCUUCAUUUUUUGAUUAUUGGUGUUUUUCAUGAGGGGAAAUACCCCCUGGGAUGAUGCUUAGGGGCAGUGCUCAGGAGCUAUUUCUGACCCUGACCUUAAGAGUGACCUUGAGCAGUGCUUAGGGAGCCAUUGGUGCUGGAGAUGGAACUGGGGGUGGAUAUGAGCAAGGCAAGCACCUUACCUUCUUGAACUAUCUCUUCAGCCUUGAAUCAUCUUUAAAGAAAGAGUAUUUUAAAAGGCUUGGCCCAUUCAACAGAAGAUCCAAAACAAUAAAUAACAUGUGGAUUAUUUUUGGUCACUUAAAUUUAAAAAUGGUAGCCGUGUCCAUUUUAAACGUUUAUGAAAUUCCAUAUCUAUAAUAUGAAAAGAACUCUCCUGCAUUUAGUUCAAUUCAAAUUAUAGAAAACCAUUUUCCUCAAUUUUAUAUAAGUUUCCUUUUCCCCUUUUAUUUAGACACAGGCUUUUUGAAAUCUAAAACCAUUGUAGCUACAUUAAAACUCUAAAAAUAUAAUAGUUUACUCUCAGGUGUGAAGAUAUACAAAUAUAAUUGUCACUCUUUAAAUCCCCAUGGAAACUACUACAUACUAAUCUAAGAUUUUGGAAUUAUUACUGAUAACAAAAAAUGAACUUCAUCAUAUUCCUUACACCAGUGGUAAAUUUAGCUGCAUAGUUACCCUAUCAUUGUGUCUUAAGAAGAUAGUACUACAAAUAUUAGGUAAACUUUUUAAAAAGUUGUUUAAAUAAAAAUUACAUUCCUUCCCAUUAUAAAGCUAAAUGUCACUUGUAAAAAAACCAUCAUUCUCUUGCAUUUCUUCAAAGGGAAUUAGAAUUGAUAUUAUUAUAUCAAACUUCAAAGAAAAUUUUGUUUAAAGUAAGUUUUUUAAACUUUGUUUAGAGUAAGUAGCUGGUGGAGGGAAGUUGACACUAGUGGACAGAUUGGUGUUGAAUUAUUCUAUGCUUAAAACUCAAUUAUCAGCAACUUGUAAAUCAUGGCUCUUUAAUAAAAAUUUUAAAAGUAAAUA